UCUCCUAUUUAUACACCAAGCAACUACGUUCCAUUUCGAUCGAUCGGGAUCUCAUCUUCCUCACGUCUCCAAACAUUAUAUUAACUUAUGCUCCUUCUUUAUUUAAUUUUUUCAUCCAACAACAUAACUAAUUAAGCCAUGGGAAGAACACCUUGCUGUGAGAAGAAUGGGCUGAAGAAGGGGCCAUGGACGCCAGAGGAGGAUCAGAAGCUCGUUGAUUACAUUCACAAACAUGGCUACGGCAAUUGGAGAACGCUCCCUAAGAAUGCCGGUAUGUAUAUAUACUUGCACACUUUGUUAAAUCUGUUUUUUAAUUUGUUGACUUAUACAUAUAUAGGGUUGCAAAGAUGCGGAAAGAGUUGCCGUCUGCGGUGGACAAACUAUCUCCGGCCAGAUAUAAAGCGCGGUCGAUUCUCCUUGGAAGAGGAGGAGACCAUAAUACACCUUCACAGCAUUCUUGGAAACAAGUGGUCUGCAAUAGCGUCGCGGCUGCCAGGGAGGACAGACAACGAAAUAAAGAAUUAUUGGAAUACACACAUUAGGAAGAGGCUACUGAGGAUGGGAAUCGAUCCUGUGACACACAGUCCACGCCUAGACCUUCUUGAUCUCUCAUCUCUCUUUGGUUCAUCAAUAUCACACAUCAACAAUAACAUGCAACACCAUCUUAACCCUGAGCUUCUCAAAUUGGCCACGUCACUCUUCUCUCAUACUAAUUCUCUUGACAACAGCCACAACCAAAUCAUCAGUAGUGAUGUUUCCUUGUCUUUCCCUCAAGCAAACUUUCUAGAAUCCAAUAAUAAUGUGGACUCAGCAUACCCAUCAAAUCUAAUGAAUACUAGUGAUUAUUGGCACGCCGAUAAUAAUAAUAUUGGAAUUGCUUCAACUUCUAGCCCUUGUUAUGUGACUGACCAAUUACCAACAAGUUAUUAUUAUAACAAUAAUAGUAACAACUACUACUGUCAUCAUGCAAGUCUUGUGGACCCACCUAUGUCUGAAACGUCAACCUUCCAUUCCAAUAAUAGCAGCAGUAAUACUUAUGUCAAUGGAAACAACAGUAGCACCGAGGAUGAGAGAGAAAGCUAUGUCAGCACCAAUAACAGCGUCUUGAGAUUUGAAAUCCCAGAUAUGUUGGAUGUCAAUGCAUUCGUGUAAUCAAGUAUCCACCAAAAAAUAUAGCUUGAUUGUUAUAAUUGUUUUUUGCAUAACUGUGGAUCAACGGUACGGUGUUGAUAGCCUGUAAAAUAUUUUCUUCAUGGAUAUUUAAUGCUACUCAUCAUAGUUUAUUUAGUCUUGUAAAUUGAGCAAGCUUCCUUGUUUUACUCCAAUUAUUUACAAGUUCUAUUAUUGUGAUGCA